GUGCGUCAUCGGUGAGACAAAACAGACAACACCACUCCGGUGAUUCUUACCGCAUCCAGAGUCUAGCUUUAUUGCCUUCAAGACACCGUGCACCCAGUCGUAGGCCUUAGUCCAGAGACAUGGCACUGAUAACAGUGGAGGACCUCGCGGAGCUGGACGACGAGCAGCUCGACGAUGACAUCACCGACAACUCUGAGCCAAUGGAGGAGGAGGAGAAUGACGACCGGCUGCUGGCCCACUGGCGCUCCGUCGGCCGCCAACACCAGGUGUCUGUCCCCACUGAGAUGAGGGGCCCUAUCUCGGAGAUGACCCAGAGGAACCAGGAAGUGGAGAGGGAGCAGGUCCCUUACAAUGUCGUAUCCAGACGGGAAAAGAUGGGUGAGGUGCUGUUUGAGGAGAGGGUGUACCCGCCGGGGAAGUGGGCGUGCAUCACCAAGUCGGAGAAGAUGUACGAGCAGAGCAUCUCAAUGGCCUUCAUGAAGAUCAUGCGCUUCAUCUGCAAGGAGAGCUCUGUCGGGAGGUACUUGGGCAUGACCGUGCCCGUGGUGGCCGAGUUCCAGUUGACGGAGACUGGCACUGAGUUCAAGAAGGACGUGGUCACGGCCUACUACCUGCCCGCACAGUUCCAGAACAAUCCGCCCCAGCCCACGGACAACGAGAUCUCCAUCUCCCACAGGGACUCCAUAAGGGUCAUAUCACGGGUCUUCUACGGCACCACGACGGAGGAGACCAUCCAGCGGGAGAUCCAGCUGCUCUGGGAGCUCCUGGGGGAUGCACAGGGCGUGCAGCGCCACACCUACAUGGUGGCCACCUACGAGAACCCCGGCGUGCCCGGGCGACGCAACGAGAUCUGGUUCAUCCGCCACGCCGACCAGGACGCCUGAAGAGGGAGAGAGAGAGACGCACACAUGUACACGCACACGCACGCACACACGCAUACACGUGCGCGUUAGUAUACAAAAGGAGCAAUCGGAAGGUUUUUCUGGAUCACACACCCAGCCAUUGAAAGCGCGCACACACACACACACACACACACACACACACACACACACACACACACACACACACACACACACACACACACACGUGUGGGCAAACACAAGAGGGCAUCAAACACACGCACACACACACACACACACACACAGGUAUCUACUUCAGAUUUAUGGCAAGAGAUUUUUUUCUCUGGAUCUCACACACACACACACACACACACACACACACACACACACACACACACACACACACACACACAGGCAUCUCCUUCAGAUUCAUACCACAGCUCUUUUAUUACUGGAUCUCUUACUCACACAGGAGUUUCACGUCACUAAACCAGUUGCCCUGCUCUUCCCUCCCACAUUCUCUUUCUUUUUCCUUCCUUUCUUCCCCCUCCCUCCCUUCAUCUCAAUCUCCAUCCCUACUUUGUUCCCUCCCUAUUUCUAUUCUCCCUCCCUCCCCUCCUCCUUCCUUCAUUCUUUACUUCCUUCAUCUCGCCUUCCACCGCCAGUGUUGCCAGAUUGGCCGGUUACCCUCCCAAUUGGGCUACUUGGGAUGGCCGUCUGCGGGUAAAAUCUGGAAAAAUUGUCCAUUUGGCAUUUUUUUCUGCCAUUUCAUGACCAUAGAAAUCAAUUUGUUGAAAUUGGGCGGAAUUUAGCGCAUUCUGGCGUUUUUUGAGAACCUUUUGGGCGAGAUUUGAUCAGACACAUCUGGCAACACAGUCCACCGCUGCCUUCAGAGACGUGUGUUGUGGGGAAGGCAACAGGUAUGUCUUCGGGGGUGGGUGGGUGGGUGGCCAGCUAGAGACGAGGAUGAUUUGCUUUCAAGUGUAGCGUAGCAACCGAGCCACUUAGCAGCACAGUCAUUUGAGUCCAUUGACCCACAUAGGCCCUGAAGCGUGUGCUCCACGUUUUGGAGGUAAGAAUUGAUCCCCCUCACUACUCCUCCUCCAUCCCCACCCCUAACGCUGUCGAAACAGCACCUUCAAACUGGAAUGUGUCAUCCUUUUUUUUUUUAUUUAUGACAAUAUUAAUUACAACAUUAAUUGAUGAGCUCCAUUUGUGAGGUACUGUUCAAACAGACCUGGGGUGCAUUUCUCGGAACCAUAAUUGCUAACUAAGUUAGCUACUUUGUUGUUUGCGAUGCAGUUUCCCAUUGGCAACUACCCAAGUUGCUAACUGGCUAACAACUACGCUUUUGAGAAAUGCCACCCCUGUUCCUUCAAAACAGGAAUGUGUCAGUUUUCAUCCUUUUUUUGCAAUAAUUACAAUAUUAAUUGCAACAUUAAUUGAUGAGCUCUAUUUGUGAGGUAAGAUUGAUCCCUCUCUACCCACCUUCACCCUGAUGUAGGAGUGCUGUUCCUUUUGUCCUUGAACAGCUCCUUUAAACUAGAAUGGCUCAUGAUCACCUUAAGCAUUUAUUAUGAUAUUGAUGACAACAUGCAUUAAUAAUGAGUCGGACGCUACAAGGACUAGCAAUGGUUUGUUGCUGGUUGUGUACACGUGUGUGUGUGUGUGUGUGUGUGUGUGUGUGUGUGUGUGUGUGUGUGAGAUCCAGAGAAAAAAAUCUCUUGCCAUAAAUCUGAAGUAGAUACCUGUGUGUGUGUGUGUGUGUGUGUGCGUGUGCGUGUGUUUGAUGCCCUCUUGUGUUUGCCCACACGUGUGUGUGUGUGUGUGUGUGUGUGUGUGUGUGUGUGUGUGUGUGUGUGUGUGUUUUAAUCUGUUAUUUAAAUGAAUGCCCUUUCAGACCUAUUUACCCCCACAGUUGCAGACAUUUAUUGCAUAAGUCAAUCAUAUUGCACUAAAAUCUCAACACUAGAACUAAAAGUAGUCUUUGUAGUCUGGACUGCCUCAGUUUCUGUUGAGAGAAUGAACCAGCAAUUUAGUUCAGACGAGGAGAUGUGAUGUUUUUUGUUACUGCUGUUUAAUAGCAACACAUUUCAUUUUUCCCCAGUACAAUGUUUUAACACCCUAUAUCCUUAUUUGAAAUGAGUCUAUUUCACAUGUAGGCUUAUGAAAGGCCUUGAAGGCACCCUAAUGCACAUCAAGCCAAUGAAAUCGACGCAAAACCAUAUAGUGUAAAAAUGAUACACAAAUGCACAAAGUACAUUAGGUUAGGUUAAGGUCCAAGACACAGGGAGGUUGCAGUAUCAUAAAAAUACAUUAAAAUCAUGUUACUUAUAAUUGACAUCAAAGUAAAGCAUUUUAAUGAAUUCAUUGAAUUUGAGGUCACAAUCGCCCCCCAGUCUCACUGAACAGCAACAGUUGAAAUAUAGAUUGCAUUCCCGUCCUCCACUAGUGCUUGUGGCCUUGCCCUGCCACCAUGGAGAAAACAAUACAGUUUCCCAGCUAUCAGCCUUGCCACAACAACUUUUGGGGGACUGUUUUUCAUUCACCAUCCCAAUUACAAA